AUGACUUCCUCCCCUUUGAGAUCAAAAUCCACGUACCACACUCGUUGUGUCAGCUUGCCUUCUAGACUUCACCCAGUCAUUCCUCAAGUCAAUGAGCAUUUGAGGCUAAGUGGCCUUGAAAACAUGUAUGAUCAUCUAGACGAUUUGCUCCUAUUGCCACACGCUCAACAAUCCUUUGCUCAACAACGCAACGAGAAAUGGGUGGAAGUGGUGCUGGAAAAGUAUCUAAGGCUCUUGGAUGUGUGUGCUAUUGCUAAAGACAUAUCCUCACAAACAAAGCAAGAUUUACAAGGCCUUCUUUCAAUCCUACGCAGGAGAAGGGACACGAAUGACUUUUCAGGGUACUUAAAUUCGAGAAAGAAUGCAAAGAAGGUGAUCCGAAAGUCUCUAAAGGAUUUGAAUUGUAUCAAAAGCAAUCACACCAGCGUAGCUCUUGGAAAAAGCCGGGAAAUUCUGGAUUCGCUAAAUGAGGUUGAAGCAGCCACUGUUGCGGUGUUCGAGUCGUUGUUGUCCUAUAUUUCUGGGACAGAGGCAGAAUCAAGUUUGAGUGGAUUUUCUUUGGUGUCCAGAUUCAUGCAUCAAAAGAGCGUUGCAUCCAAAGAUGAAGAAACAAGCACAAAUGUGUUUAAGAAAUUUGAUGCUGCAUUGCACUCGCACAACCAUCAUAAGACGAGCAAAUCUGAUAAUGCAGUACACGUCGAGAAUUUGCAAAACCAGUUGGCGAAGAUGGAGCCAAGCAUUCAAGAUAUUGAAGAAGGACUGGAGUGUUUGUUCAGACGGUUAAUCAAAACAAGAGUUAUCCUCCUCAACAUUCUCAACCACUAG